AUGUAUUCUAACUUGGGAUCUAGGGCGGAGCACGUGCUUCGUGCUUACGACUGGGUCAGGAGAUGGCAAAAACACCGUCCUCUCUUUGCUCGACGAAAAGCUAGACGCGAAUGGGUGGUAUUGGACGCAAUCAGUUUCAAAUUGUUGGCUUUUCAUGAUGAAGAAUCUGCCAGUAAUCCCAAAAAGGAUCCCCUUUACACUGUUCCCCUGAUAAAUGCUGCCUUUCGUGUUGAACCUGAGAGCCCGUCCACUUUCAGCAUUUUUGGCCGGAAAUACACAUACCAAGCGGAGAACCGUAAUGCGAUGCUAGCAUGGUUGAGUUGUCUCCAGGCCUGCCGUGACUCGGAGGGUAGUGAAAUCAAACACGUCAAUUAUGAUGGCAACGAGAAGUCCGAACGGUGGUCUUCCAAUCUAUCUCUAAAUCAUCGUUUUUCGGAUUUUGACUAUUGGUCCCUUGUAAACUUCCAGGAGAAGUUGCUUUCCGAUCGGGCAUUCAUUUCGCUGAAUGUUAAUCGAAGGGAUGAAUGCUGUGCAGUAGGCUGGCAAUCUGACACGAAACUGUAUGGCGUUUUGAAAGCCCGAUUUUCCCCUCACGAGGCUACGGACACAACAAGCCCAUCGUUAGUGGCCUCUCCUGUUAUGGACGACACUCAUUUCUUUCCUCACAUCGGUUCUGACAGUGGCAGUUUGAGCGAGAUGGAUGAGGUGAACAACUUCAUGAAGGUUGAAUUCCAACAGACUUUAGAAAAGAUUGAGCGCCUUCGCAAGGUAAAUGAAGAAAUGGAAAGUGAACUUCAUGAUCUACGAAUAGGCUAUGCCUCACUGCUGCAAAGUUGCUACAAGUAUAAGCUGGGUGGGGCGUUAGAAAGCGACCGGUAUGCUGAUCUGCCCAUAAGUGACAAGCACAAAAUCCGUGUUGGGCACCUUUUGGAGAUUGCCAGAAGAGAAGACCCCAGAUUGCCCUCUGCUUCUCUAAUAUCAUCACGUGGUGGUCAUAUGAACACCUACGGAUUUCAAGAGUCCUUUGAAAAGGAGGAAUCAACAAUGCUUUACCUCGCUAGUCUUUUACUGGACACCUACAAGUUGAAUUCUCCCCCAGAAGAACUGAAAAUCGCUCAAUGGAAUGAAAUAUUAAAUUCGAAUUUCAGUCUGGUUCCUAGGCAACGCUUGAAAGAACUCUGCCGAAGCGGAAUUCCAGGUGGAAUAAGACCUGAGGUCUGGAAGGAGUUGGUUAAACUUGGUGCCAAACUUUUCCAACUUAAUAUGGACCCGCAACAUUACCAAAAUCUUACAGAUAGGGUCAAAGAUGUUCUCAUCCGCUGCAACGUUAAUGGGCAGUUCGCUCUGGUCUCUACAAUGUGCAGUCAUCAACACAGCCUAUGUGGAGAAGCCAUAGCAACUGUUAACUGGAAUGAUUGUUCUAAUAGGUCAGUUGAUUCUUCCUGCCGGCGUCAAAUUACGCUGGACGUGCUGCGCACCUUUCCUAACCACGUUGCAUUCAAUAGACCGGAGGGAUUUGGAGUUCAGAAAAUGCAGGAGGUGUUACAGGCCUUCACCAUCCACAAUCAAGAAGUAGGAUACUGCCAGGGCAUGAACUUCAUAGUUGGAAAUGCCUCACUCUUCCUCGAUAAAGAAACCACUUUCUGGCUGUUGGUGCUGAUCGUUGAACGCUACUUCCCACAGAAAUACUUUAAUGAGGGCCUCAUCGCCGCACAGGCUGAUCAGAUCGUUCUGCGGGAUCUGAUUGCCAAGUACUGCCCCAGAAUUGCGAAAGCUAUGCAGGAACUCGAAGUCGACAUAUCAACAAUCACUCUAAAUUGGUUCAUUGCCGUCUAUGUCAGCACUGUCCCCAUCGAAGUGAGUACUUUUUCAGUAAAAUAA